AUGGAUCGGCCACAUCGCUCCCCUUCAGCCUCUCUGGCUGCCCCGCAGCGCCCGGCACAGGCCGACCUCUUUGCUGCCUCAGGACCUUUGCACAUGCUGUUCCCUCGCCUGAGAGUCAGUGUUCCCAAGGCCGAGGCUUUCUGCACGGGUCCCGCCCGGUCGAAUCGGGAGCAAGCCCAGCUGAAGGCCCGCGUGGUGGACCGGGACACGGAGGCGUGGCAGCGGGACCCCGCCUUCUCGGGGCUGCAGAGGGUCGGGGGCGUGGACGUGUCCUUCGUGAAGGGCGACAGUGUGCGCGCCUGCGCCUCCCUGGUGGUGCUCAGCUACCCCGAGCUCCAGGUAGUGUAUGAGGACUGCCGCAUGGUUAGCCUGACAGCCCCCUACCUGUCGGGCUUCCUGGCCUUCCGAGAGGUGCCCUUCCUGGUGGACGCGGUGCGGCGGCUUCAGGAGAAGGAGCCCAGCCUCAUGCCCCAGGUCCUCCUUGUGGAUGGAAAUGGGGUGCUGCACCACCGAGGCUUCGGGGUGGCCUGCCACCUGGGCGUCCUCACAGACCUGCCCUGCAUCGGGGUGGCUAAGAAGCUGCUGCAGGUGGACGGGCUGGAGAACAAUACCCUGCACAAGGACAAGAUACGCCUCCUGUGUGCCAGAGGAGACACGUUUCCUCUGACGGGCAGCUCCGGGGCCGUCUUGGGCAUGGCCCUGAAGAGCCACGACCGCAGCAUCAAGCCCCUGUAUGUGUCCGUGGGCCACAAGAUAAGCCUGGAGGCGGCCGUGCGCCUGACCCACAGCUGCUGCAGGUUCCGGAUCCCGGAGCCCGUGCGCCAGGCCGACAUCCGCUCCCGAGACUAUAUUCGCAGGACCCUGGGCGGCCCUGUGCCCUCUGACCCGGGGCAGGAGAGGUGAGCAAGG